AUGGCGUUUGAGAAGAUCAAGGUCGCCAACCCCAUUGUUGAGAUGGACGGAGAUGAGAUGACUCGAAUUUUCUGGAGAUCAAUUAAGGAUAAGCUUAUUUUCCCCUUUUUGGAUCUGGACAUCAAGUACUUUGACCUUGGUCUUCCUAAUCGUGAUGCCACUGAUGAUAAAGUUACUGUUGAAAGUGCAGAGGCAACUCUUAAGUACAAUGUAGCAAUCAAAUGCGCCACUGUAUCGACAGAUUUAAAUCGCAUGAAGGAGUAUAACUUGAAGCAACUGUGGAGGAGUCCCAAUGUGACUAUUAGGAACAUUUUGAAUGGAACUGUUUUCAGAGAACCGAUUAUUUGCAAGAACGUUCCUCGACUUAUCCCAGGCUGGACAAAGGCAAUAUGCAUCGGAAGACAUGCUUUCGGUGAUCAAUAUCGAGCAGUUGAUUUAGUCAUCAAAGGAUCAGGGAAACUGAAAUUGUUGUUUGAUGGAAAGGAUGAGAAGACCGAACUGGAAGUGUACAACUUUACCGGAGAAGGGGGAGUAGCACUUGCUAUGUGCAACAUUGUUGAGUCAAUCCGUGCUUUUGCAGAGGCUUCAAUGACCAGAGCUUAUGAGAAAAAAUGGCCUCUUUAUCUUAGCACAAAAAAUACUGUUCUUAAAAAGUAUGAUGGAAGAUUCAAGGACAUAUUUCAAGAAGUAUACGAAGCCAAGUGGAAGUCCAAGUAUGAAGAUGCUGGCAUAUGGUAUGAACAUCGUCUCAUCGAUGACAUGGUGGCUUAUGCAAUUAAAAGUGAAGGUGGUUUUGUUUGGGCAUGCAAGAAUUAUGAUGGAGAUGUACAAAGUGACUUCUUAGCCCAAGGUUUUGGAUCUCUUGGAUUGAUGACUUCAGUACUGGUGUGCCCAGAUGGAAAGACUAUAGAAGCUGAAGCUGCCCAUGGUACAGUUACUCGCCAUUAUAGAGUCCACCAAAAUGGAGGUGAAACCAGCACAAACAGCAUAGCUUCUAUUUUUGCUUGGACAAGAGGGCUUGCACACAGAGCAAAGUUGGAUGACAAUGCUAAACUGUUGGAUUUCACUCGGAAGCUGGAAGCAGCUUGUAUUGGAACUGUGGAAUCUGGGAAAAUGACCAAGGAUCUUGCGCUAAAUGUACAUGGACCUAAACUUGCUAGGAACCACUACUUGAACACGGAAGAUUUCAUUGAUGCCGUUGCAGCAGAACUAAGAGCAAAGCUUUUUUGAAAGCUUAGUUGUUACGGGAACCUUGUAGAAUUGAUUCUGUGCGUUGAAAGCCUAGUAUCCUUUUGUUUUAAAUGUCAG